CUAAAGAGGAAAUCCCAUAUGAUCGCAGGCCACGUGGCACUAACUGUACAGUUGCUUCACGAACUAUCCCACGCAUCAUCCCUGUAGAUUGCACAUUGCACACCAUAGCCAAAAUCUCGAUCUCGCAAUGGAAAACGACCAGGGCGUUCUUGUUGACCUCUACGUCCCCCGCAAGUGUGCGGCCACCAACCGUUUGAUUACCUCCAAGGACCAUGCUUCGGUCCAGAUUAACGUCGCUGAUGUUGAUGCUAACGGUCGUGCCCUGAACACCUACACCUCGUUUGCGCUCUGCGGACAAGUGCGAUCACAAGGGGAGAGCGAUGACUCUAUCAACCGGCUAGCAACGAAGGCGGGUUUGCUCCGGAAUGUGUGGUCUUACCAAAAAUAAACGUUGUUAUGUUAGAGCGUUCGCCAUAUCAUCAUUAUACUUGCUCUGUUGAUGUUGUAAACUUGUGGGGUGAGCGCCUUUAUGCGUAUGUUGAGUGCAAGCGCACUGCGCAUGCGCGCGGAUCAAGCCCAUUUGGUGUUUAGCGAAACAAAUUGCAAGAUCUUGCCUUCUAACUUACAAGAAGGGUCUCUCAAACAGCCCCGCAGUCUAAUGCUAACCUCGUUGCAUCGUGCGCCACUGUCACGGUCGUUUGACUGACAGAUCCCAAUUGUUGUCUGUCCUUACCAGAAGGGGAAUAUUCAUCCUGGACGGAAUCUUCUUCAUAUCUGGUAAAAAGACCUGCUCAGGAAGAACGUUCUCUUCC